AUCAACUGACCUUGGGGCAUCCGUUCAUUGCCUACAGGUUGCACCCAUAGCCAUGCUGGCAAGACUGGGCAGGCUCCUUGGGAGACAGAAGGGAGAUAAUAACCAGACUAAAGAGAGGCAGAAGGGAGCUGGCCUUCAGUCUCAAUGUCACACAUCAAGAAACAAAUACUUCUGGGGAAAGCACAGGACUACUGGAAAGACAUCAACCCCAACAUCUCCCACUGAGCAGGAGCAACAGAUGAACAUGCUGGAUAAACUGACCCGCCAACUUGAGAUGAUGACCAAUGAAAGGAAUGAACUCCAAGGAAUCCUGGCCACUUAUACCAACAAGGAUUUGAACAACAGACUGAAUUUUGAACUGGAGAUGCUGAAUAUGGAGCAUAAAAAAGUGAUGUUGGACCUGCAGAAAUUCCCCAAGGAGAUUAGUGAAGCGUUGCAGACGUGCAGGGAGCUUACUGAGGAAACUGUCUCCUGCAGCAUCCUCCACAGCCAGAUCCUGAACGAGUGGACUCAGCUGAAGGAAAAAGUAAGCACGCUGAGAGAGGAGAACAGAAAACUGCGAAGGGAGCAGAUUUCACUACAAGAGUCCAGUGAGGAGAUGAAGAUGCUCUGUGGGGAGGCCCAUGAGAAGAUCUAUGAACUCUUGGCCAAGGAGGAGCAGAAACGGGAGAAACUGGAGGAAAGAUUGCAAUACCUGCUGAAGCAGAGAGAUCUGGUCACCAAGCAAAUGAUCAUGGCAGAGAAGCUGCAGCAUCACCUCACUGUCUCCCAGAUGAGGUUUGAAAACCUCCAGCAUGAACUGGAACAGACCACAGCCCAGGGUGAGAACCUCCUGCAGAUGGAGACGCUGCAGCAGGAGCACUGAGUCACCCCUUGCAAGAACUGAGGAUGGUGAAGGAAGCCACACAUAUUUUCGACUCUAGCAUCAAGUCUUGCU